GGCGCCUGGACCUUGACCCCCACCUGGGCCCACCCCUGGGCCCAAACCCUAACCCACCCACUAUGCUUACAGUCAGUAUUACGGCGUCAGUUUCCAGACCCUGUUGGGAACUCAGCGUCUGCUUUCUGACUGGCGUUGGGAUUCCAACUGCUGGGAUCCCGACAGAAGGUGAUGCCAUGCAGAAGGACUGAAGGAUGAUUUUUAUGCAAUUCUCAAUUCUCACCAGGAGGUGCAAGAAAGGAAGUACACUCAUCAGAGGUUGUGUGACGACAAGAUACACCUAUAAAAGACCCUAGAUGGACCAUUCGACUGCCACACAGAGAAUGGACAAGGACAGGAGACACGUGACUGAGAGGAUAUUAAACAUCACACUGGAAAUCAUCUACCUGCUGACUGGGGAGGACUGUAUAGUGGUGAAAAAGAAAUCAGGUGAGAACGUCACAGUCACCAGCAGGACCCAGAGCCUCAUCAUUGAGCCUCCACCUCAUUUGCUAAAUCAUGACAGAGACAAUGAGCAGAAGAUCCUGGAACUCACCAACAAGAUCAUUCAGCUGCUGACUGGAGAGGCAUCUUUAGAAGGAAACCAGAACAUUUACAAUAAUACAAUGGAGAUUCCCCAACCCCAGAGACCUCUUGAUUUACCCAGGGCCAGAGGCACACAAGGGAAAUUCCACGACCCUACGAUUUCCCGUGGUUGCCAACCGGAAGAAAGCAGCACGGUCAUAAACAAGAGGCCCAAGCGUCCCGUGGAGUGUGAGGAAGCCAUGACCAUUUCUGUGAAAGUUGUCACGGAGGAUGGAGGCCUUGUGCACAGCGGCACGGAACACCCACAGAAUACAUCUGCUCACGUGAAAGAGGAAUCUCGGUUGCGUGAAGACGGAAGCCGCACAGACCCCAAAGGUCAUACAGAGGCACAAACUACAUCUGAUCCGGUUAAGGUGCAAUCGGCCUCUCGUGAUGGGCGAAUCCUCAGUGAUCACAGCGAGAAAGAAAUUACGUCUGUUCUCGAUCAGGAGGAAUCUGACUCUGGCGAAGAAGAAAACGUCGGCGACACUGACGCCUAUGUGGCCACGGAUCUUGGAGCUAUUUAUGUUAAGCAGGAACCAGUGUCCUAUGAAGGGAGCCUCACACACGGCGCCAGUUAUGCGAGGACAUCGGAACAAAAUGUAUGUUCUCCACUGACCGGUACAAGGAUGGACCUGAUCUUCAGCUGCGUGGAGUGCGAGGAAAGCUUUGACAACAACAUAGAUCUGCUCAAGCACCAGAAGACGCACAAAGGGAAGAUCCUGAUUUGCUCCGAGUGCGGGAAAUGUUUUUCCUAUAAAUCUCAGCUAAUUUUCCACAAGAGAACUCACACCGGGGAGAAGCCAUUCACCUGCUCCAUCUGCGGCAAGAGCUUCACCACCAGCUCCGUCCUCAUUCGGCAUCAGAUCACUCACACGGGGGAAAAGCUCUUCUCCUGCCCCGAGUGUGAGAAAUGUUUCGGUAGUAAGUCGGACCUGGCCAUACACCGGCGGAUACACACGGGGCUAAAGCCCUAUUCUUGUUACUACUGCGGGGCAUGCUUCAACACGGGCUCCAGCCUGGCAAGGCAUCGGCGGAUCCACACCGGCGAGAAGCCAUUUCCGUGCUCGCAGUGUGAGAAAAGUUUUGUCAGUAGCUCGGACCUCGUAAAGCACAUGCGGGUGCACACGGGAGAGAGGCCCUUUCCCUGCCCAGAAUGUGGGAAGUGCUUCGCCUGUAAGUCAGGACUGGCCAAGCAUCAGAGAACUCACACCAGGCUAAAGCCAUACACCUCCUCUGAGGAUGGGGUGACAUUUAAUGUUAUGUCCGAACUAACAGAACAUCGAAACGCUCUUACCGGUGAGGAUUGAGGUCCUUGGUAAAAAAAAAUUCUCUACCAGACUUGGUUAAUGUCCAAGAGGUGAGAAAUGUGGAUUAUUAUGGAUUAGCAGCACCAGAAGUGGCCCUAUUCAGAUGUGGACCCAGUUGAAGCCACCACAUGUCCAUGUCUGGCUAGCCCACCCCAUUACCGCCUACUGAAACCCCGGUUUCCUCCUCUAAACGUCCGCAGCCGGUCAGUCAAGGGAUCGAACCAGCACCCAAUGUAGCCACACCAGCAGGUCAAGUUGUGAAGGUCAGUUCGGCUGAUUGUGGAUGACCUGCCUAUGUAGCAUGCCACAAUGGUGGAUCUUCCAGAUAAAACUGGCCUGUGAAGCAGUGCAGGAAUAAUACUCUUGGCUAGUUACGGCAUCACCUGCACGCGCUAUUCGGAUAUGUUGGACUAAGCUUUUGAAAACCCUUCCUUUAGAAUUUGCCACCAUGCGAUGGCACCCUUCCAAUCUGAUUGGCAAUGUAUAGCAAUGAAAUAGUUGCUUUUAUGAUAAUAUGUUAUUGAGGUGCUUCAUUGUGUUUAGUGGGACAGUUUUUGAACUUUGAAUGACUCUUUUAUUACAUAGGAUACAGCACUGUGCCAUACACAAAAGUCCUACUUGUAUAAAAUACUUCCCAUUCACCUUUCCAUAUAAAUGUCUCAUAAUUACAGAUACUAGCUAUCUAAAUAUGGCACAACAGGUUAUUUAAAAUGACCAAUUAAAAUAUUUAUUCUUAUUUAUACUACGUUUUACUGGGGCACCCCGUAUAAUAAAUGCAUGCUCAAGGGUCAGGGCCAGUAAACUUUUUAUUAUUAUUUAUUAUUUAUUUAUUAUUUUUUUAUAUACUGUAGUAGUGUUCAUUCUCGCAUACACUGAUCUGUAUCUCAGCACUGAGAUACAGACCAGAGUGUGCUAGAAGCACCAGAGCAGAGAUCAACACCCCUGGCAGGAAAGAGGAACUGCACGUGUUGUGACAGGUGCAGGUUACUAGAAUGAACACUGCUGUAGGUUGAUAGAAAGUGGAAAAUGCCUACCGCGAGCACCCAUAAUGAUGAGGUUUUAGCAAUUAGCUGGCACUGUUUCCUAAAACCUGCGUUGAGCAAGGGCUGGGCGCACUGGUACUUGUUAUUUUCCUCGGUGAUGGCCUUCCCAAAUUUUUAGUUCCGUAUGGAGGUCUGGUGCUUUGGAGCGGAUUUACAGUAGGAUCCUAGAGCUCCAUCGGUCAUUACACUAUUAUCAUUUUCCACACAACUUCCUUCUUUCCGCAACCACUCAAAACUUGUCUGCAACGCUGCGAGUGCUCUUGGCGAAAGAUCUCAAUGAUCCUUCUCUUCCAGUAUCAGUUGGGUUCGGGUUAGUUCUGAAACGCUCCUAAAUAUCAGAGAUAAGCUCCCAAGAGGGAGAUGUAUCAAGCCUUGGGGAGAUAUAAAAAAGAAAGAGAUAAAGUAACAACCAACCCAAAGGCAAACGCAUGGGGGGUUCCCAGUUGCCUGUAAACCCCCACUCCUUUUGACAAGUGGCUCAAAUUAUGACAACAAUAGCAAUGGUAUAUAAUACGAUUACUAGAGCUACCACCACAACAUGCAGUUUAAGGGAAGAGCAGAGCUGCUGCACAUGCCUAGUGGUAGCAGCUUCUUCUACCAGGUUUGCUGUGUGUGUGAAUCUGAGUCCUCAGUCAGUGCACUGGACCAGAGAGUAGCUGCCAGGAACAAGAGACAGGAGCCCUACCAUGAGGUGGGAGAAUGUGAGCUUAGAAAGCACAGUACUGGUUCUAUUAUGUUUGUGUAUUUAUUUAUUAUGGUGUGUUUAACCUUUUCCUGACCACUUAUUUAUAUUAUUUAAAUAUGUUUAAUACAGCCUAUACUAUAGACCAUCUAUAGUGUUAAAAAUUAAUACUGUAUUCCGUAAAGUGUCCAGUGUAUAAAAAGACCAAUGUGUGUAUUAAUGUCAAAGGUCAUUACUAGGUUCUUCUACCACUGCCCCGGACUCCUGCACUUGCUCCAGUGUUCUGCAGAGUGGGAGAUUGUGGAUUGCAUUUGGAAACCCCCCUCUAGAAAUCCUGCGUUUUCCCCUGCAAUCAGUUCCUAACUGUAAUUUUUAAAGCACAGCUGUAACAUGGCAGUCAGGAGCUGAUUGGCUGGUACUUUAUCUCUCUCCAAGUCUUGGUACAUCUCCCCCUAUGCAUGAUAUAAUGCCAUAUAAAGGAUGCUCUCGGUUUAUAUAAAGUAUUACUGUAUUAUAUCUUUUAUAUAUAGUGUUAUGCAAUUAUUUUUUUUGUUAUACUUAUUUUUUUUUG